GCCGCCCUUUAGUUCUCCAGGACUGUUUAUGUUGACAGGCUGAAGUCAAAAUGUCACAAAUCUUAGAAAGACGUGUCUGUGCGUAAAAGUAAAGUGAAUCUGACUUAUUCUGAAGCUUUACAUGGUCUUACAUUGGCACGAGGCUGGGUGUAUCUGACAGGAACUUGACCCUGGUGGUUUUAGUGUCAUGCUAGACCCGGUACGCUUUACAGCAACAUCAGGUUAUAAUGUUAUCCACCUUAUAUUGGUUUUAUAACGUCAGUGUGUAUGUAAGUAUGCGCAGAAACGGUUUGUCCAAAAGUGUCUCCAAAGCCAAGAAAGUGCUCUUAUCCUGCGCCAGAUUUUUGCACAUAAAAAGGCCCCCGACGCGCGUGCUUUUUGUGACGGGGUAUUCCUCGCGGGUCCAGUCACCCUGUUCGCUUUCUCCUGCGCGAGAGAGAGUCUCCUUUUUCUAUCUCCUGCUGUUCGCGCGUCGUUUCGGCUCUCCACGGAAUUUAAACGUCACUCAAGGUUGCGCGAGAGGCUUCACGCUCCAUGUGUCGCCAGUCCCCUGCCUCGCGCACAUUAAUAUUCCUGUAAGUCUCAGUCAUGAAUAACAAUUACACCGUAUACCGGGGGUAGAGGCGGGCGCUCGGUACUCACACUCAGAGCGGCGGCAGCUCCGGGCGGAGGAAGGUUCUGCAUGGAGCUGUAGACCAGGCCAGUACCUGCUGAUAUACACGCGCUGCUUUUUACCUGGAAUGAGUUUGACCAUCUCGGCCCAACACGGUCUUUAACUCGCCUGCUGUUUUUACCGUGAGCCCGGUCGUGACACCAACAGAGGGCUUUACAGAUGUUAGUUCAUUCCUACUCCACUGCGGACCGGCAUGACGGUGUCUCGAGCCACAGCUCGCGCCUGUCCCAGCUGGGUUCGGUAUCGCACGCGGGACCCUACUCCAGCGCGCCACCGCUGUCUCAUGCACCCUCGUCGGACUUCCAGCCUCCGUACUUUCCACCGCCGUACCAGCCGCUUGCUCACUACCAGAGCCAGGAUCCGUACUCCCACGUCAGCGACCCGUACUCCCUGAACUCCCUGCACCAGAGCCAGCAGGGCGCAUGGGGGGCGCGGCAGCGGCAGGACGUCGCAGGGGACCGGAUGGACAGCUCCGCUCUGCUGGCUCAACCUCGGGCCUCGCUGCCACAGCUGUCCGGGCUGGACCCAAGGCGGGACUACGGUGGCGUGCGGCGGCCUGAUGUGCUGCUGCACUCCGCUCACCCGGGACUGGAGCCCGGCAUGGGCGACGGACUGCUGCACGGGCUGCAUGGUAUGGAGGAUAUUCAGACCAUUGAAGACACCAACGGAACGAACAUCCUGGAUCAAUCAGUAAUUAAGAAAGUUCCCAUGCCACCCAAGAACAUGGGCUCUCUGAUGCUCGGCAAGGACGGGCUCAUCGGUGGGGUGACCGUGAACAUAAACGAGGUGUUCUGCUCGGUACCGGGCCGCCUGUCGCUGCUUAGCUCCACCUCCAAGUACAAAGUGACCGUAGGGGAGGUGCAGAGGAGACUGUCCCCACCCGAGUGCCUGAACGCCUCCUUGUUGGGGGGCGUGUUGAGAAGAGCAAAGUCCAAAAACGGUGGGAAAUGUUUGAGAGAAAAGCUGGAGAAGAUUGGACUAAAUUUACCUGCUGGAAGACGCAAAGCUGCCAAUGUCACAUUACUAACAUCCCUCGUAGAAGGUGAAGCAGUCCACCUGGCCCGGGAUUUCGGUUACAUCUGCGAGACAGAGUUUCCCACCAAAGCCGUGAGCGAGUACCUCAACCGGCAGCACGCGGACCCCAACGAGCUGCACACGCGGAAAAACAUGCUGCUGGCGACAAAACAGCUGUGUAAGGAGUUCACAGACCUGCUGGCCCAGGACAGGACUCCCCUGGGCAACUCAAGGCCCAGCCCCAUCCUGGAGCCUGGCAUCCAGAGCUGCCUCUCCCACUUCUCCUUCAUCACGCAUGGCUUUGGCUCGCCUGCCAUCUGCGCCGCACUCACCACCCUCCAGAACUACCUCACCGAGGCUCUCAAAGGACUCGACAAGAUGUUUCUCAACAACCCUCCCAACAACCGGCACGGGGACGGCGGCAACAAGGGCGACAAAGAGGAGAAGCAGCGGAAAUGAAGCCGGGGAAGAAGGGGAGCGAUGACGGAGAGCCGAGCAGGAGGCAGACACACAGACAGAGGCGUUACACCGCUACUUCUAGCUUUACACCACUGCCACUGACCUGCCACACACAGGGCUGAGGUGGAGGAGGAGGAGGAGGAGGAGGAGGAGGAAGAAGGCUUGGUAGAGAGAAAAAGGCAGAGGAAGACACCCGUGGGCCAGUGUCAGAGAGCACAGAGGGAUUUUUCAUCUGUGUUAAGUUCUUUUCAUUCCCCUGAGGACAUGGUGGUUACUGUGUUACAUCCAUUUCGCUCCCCCUGCUUGCAUCCUGUGAGACUGAGACGCUGUGAGCAGCCAACAAACAACAUUGUGUGUGUGAGUGUGCGUGUGUGUGUGUGUGUGUGUGUCUGAGUGAGUGCGUGUGUUUGUCCUCACACAGAAAAAGCAUUGUGGGUAUGAAGAUUGGGUGAUGAGCAUAGUAUCUGUGAAACAGGUUUGUCUGGUUACUUAACACAAGCAAGGAGGGAGGGUGUUAAUUUAUGUGUGUAAAUAUUUAUUUAUAUUAAUUUAAAUGGAUGGUUGUGUAAAUAGGUGCACCAGCUAUUUUGGAGUAGGCCUAUUUAUCUGUGAUUCGACCUUUGUGAGCCAGCGGGGGGGAGGUUGGGGAGGGGGGGCAGGACUCAUCCAGUGUUUUUCUGUUCUUAUAGAGCUGUUGUCAUGGUGCUGAUGAUGGGUAGACAUGCUUCUAAUUGUCCAGUGAUUUCAUUUCUAUCACAUUGAUAAUAAACCAUGUGUUUUAUUAUGCAA